GUUAGUCAUCGUUUGGCGUUGGUGAGAGCAGCAUGUCUGACGUUCAACUCAAAGAGUUACUAGAAAGUUGGGGCUUCGGCCACUUGUUUCAAUACUUUACUGCUGAAGAAAUUACCCUUAAAAGACUUCAUUAUAUAACGGAAGACGACCUCACAUACAUAUUCCGUAAUUCAAAAUUAGGCGAAAAAAUCGAAUUUCGAUUUCAUUUAACGGAGUGGAAAGCCAAAUUUGGUAAUGAAAAACUUCUUACUUCAACACCAUCUUUGGGGACCGAUGUAGAUGCUGAGGAUUUUGCCCAGGCACAGUCGAGCACCUCUUCGUCUGCUUCUAAAAAUGUGUGGAUAAACAACAAAGCCGUUUUGGACCUUGAUCAUAUUCUAAAUGAGCACCCUACUGGCCACUAUGUCAAACGAUCAGUAAACGAUGGCAAUUCUUUAAACGAUGCAACUAGAAAAAUAAUAAUUGAAGCCAUUGUUACAUACAUAAUAAAAAAUAAAAUAAAGCCGAGCAGAUCGGAUUUUGAAAAAAUAUCUAGCGAUAUAGAAGCCCAAUUCAAUGACGAUAAGAAAAUCUAUUAUAACAAUGUUGGACCUCGUGCAGCUGGAAGGCUUUAUGACAAAUAUUACAACACGAUAAAAAAGUUAAAAAAGUGUGGAGAAGUAUUUUAUUCAUCUACGUCUAAAAUUGCUGAUAGCCAUGAGACGACAUUUUCCCAUGAAGAUGCAUGUGAAGCUCGAGAAUGGCUGACUGUUAAUAACGAACCGUGGUCCGAUGUGUUGGAAAUGUGGCGAAAGUGCUACACAUUGCGAAGAGAAGAUAUUCUCAACGCAGAUGGUCAAGACCCUGCAAUAUUCUACGUUUUGAACCAGUGGAUGCAGUUUUCUAAUUUCAUGGGAUACAGCUUGGUUGAGAUUGACUUCAAGUUUCUCUAUCCGGAAUCUACUUCUUUAACCUUUAAGUGGCAGUCGUUUAAGAGCAAAAUUAUUCCCAUCUUAAAUUCAAAACUAACGGAUACCAUUGACAUAAAUUACUUGGAACAAAUUAAUUCUCAAGCUGAAGGUUCCGAUCAACUUCUUGCGCUUUUACUACAUGUCUUGCUUCGAUCACUGGGAAAACGCAAAGUUAAGGAUAAAACUAUCACUAAAUCAAUUAAAGACUCGCAGAAUUCAUUUAUGAUUCAAUGCGUUACACACAGCGAUGUGGAGAGUGAAAUUCAGCUAUUAAGAACUUCCCUUUUUAACCGCGGAGAGAACCUGCAUCCCAUUAUUGUUGCAGUGGGUUCAGAUUUGAGCUGUUCCAAAUUGUACGUGCUAUUCAAUGACAUUAAAUAUGCACUGCCGGGUUUCCUCAGUGUAUUUGAUUUAUGCUUUCAAAUGUUUCACGUCUUUCACCUUAAGUAUCCUUCUGAUAGCUUUGAGUUUUGGAUGUUUGUACAAAAAUAUUUCUACGGAAUUAAUUUAGAGGAAGACUUGGUAGCUCCCAGUAUAUUAUGUUUGAUUAGUGACUUACGAUAACAACAAAAUAUGGAAAUUGAGAAAAACAAUUAAAAAAUAUUGUUGAUGUGGUUUUUUUUUA